GUCGGUGGUUGUCAAGGGACUGUUUGGUUUACGGAAGCGCUUCCGAGGAGGCUGCAGUUUAAACGUCAACCACAGCUAACUGCCUACCAAAGUUGAUGUCAUUGAAAUGUUUUAUAGUUAGCACGACUAGUUGUAGUAUGUCAGUGUUGAUAUUGAUUUAAAAAGCGUCUCUUCACACGGACAAACCUCGCCUCCACGUGACGCUACACCCCGUUAGCUUCACAACCAACACCAUGGAAGAUGUUGCUCCUCCUGGAUCAGUCAUAGUAGCAGACUGGCAUCGAUGUAGAGACAGCAAAGACUUUUUCAGCAAGAUCCUGCACAAGAAAAGACGCAAAACCUUCGGCCUGUUGGAGUCUCCAGUGAUGCCCCCACAUGUAGCUGUGGACACGGUUCAUUAUAAGAUCUUCAUCUCUGGCAAGAGUGGAGUUGGGAAAACUGCUCUCGCCGCUCGUCUCGCAGGCCUGAACGUUCCCAGUGUGCACUAUGAAACAACGGGUAUUGAGACGACAGUGGUGUAUUGGCCGGUGAAGCUGCGAGAGAGCGGCAGAGUGCUUUUCUUCCGUCUACAGCUGUGGGACUGUGGAGAGAACGCCACGCGUAGAUUUGACCAUUUGCUUCCAUCCUGUAAGGAGCAGGUGGACGCCGUACUGUUCCUGUUUUCCUUCACUGACAGGACGUCCUUUGAUGACCUGUCAAAUCAAAUUGCCAAGUGGACCGGGCCGCCCGUGGGUCGAGUUGUAAAACUGGUAGUCGGUACCAAAUUUGAUCUCUUCAUGCACUGCGAUGUGGCAGAGAGAGACGUGAGGGACUUCAAGGAAACAUGGCGUUUGCCGCUGCUGCGUGUGGGAGGGGAGGUCAGCGACGGGCUGGGUGACGUUGCUCCGUUCCUCAACUGCCUGGCAGAGCAGCUGUGGCAUCAGGACUGUGUCACAGCUGGAUCAGCCGGCCACCACCCACAGCAGGAGACAGUGGCUCUACUUUAACACUGAACAGCUCAAGGUCACCCCUGGGUGUUGGCCUCUGAGGGACAGCACUCAGCAAACGGUCGGGGGAGAACCUCGGGAUGAGAUGGAGGAGGCUGCUCUAGAAAUUAAAUGUUUUUUAAUUGCUGCACUGUUUUUAUUACUGUAAACACAAGUGUUUAUUCUGAAAUGUCUUUAAUUCUUCCAUACCACGUCAGCAGGGUGAUGCAUCGACGUCAUGAUACAAGUGCAGAAAGCUGGAAUUUGACUACUGUUCAGUCUUAGAGAUUGUCAGAAAGUGUUCUGUAUUUAUUAAAAGUGGGUUAGUUGGAAGAAAUAAACACAAAGUGCCUUGUUGGGUCAUCACAUCCACUUUACUUGAUAGUGAUCCCUUUUCUCUGCUCUACGAUGAAAUUUAAGUAGAGUCAGUGUCAUCUUUGAUCAGAUUAUUGAAUUCAAUUACCAUAUUUAAAACAAAACAAAAAUCUCAAAACUCAAGUCUGUUGUUUAUGGGGUUUUCUUUCUGUGAAAGGUACCCUACCAAAUAAAUUAAUGUAUCAUCUGAAAUCAACAGUAUCCACCUUAAUGUUCAUUUAGGGAAUUUGUGCUAAAUACUUACUAUCACCAUUUCUUUAGUGGAGAAGAUCAGUGCAUGUUUUAUGAAGUUAUUUUUUUCUUACCAUUUCAUUUGGUUAAAUUUGUGUUGCAUUAGGUUGAUGUGAUAAGGGCAGAAAAUAAUUUGUUUCUCAAUAAUUAGAAAACAAAGCACAUUGCUUAAGAGGCCAGUAUUUAAUACAAAGUUAAAAAUAAUAAUGUAUUCAACUAAUAAAAAGUAUCCCCUCA